UCCAUUUUCUCCGCCUCAUCGACUGUGGCUUCGCUCCCCGGCUCCCCGCUGUUGCGGUGCUUCGUCGUCCCGUCCCGCCUCCCGGCAAUGGCUUGCUUGGAGGCGCCCCAGCGCCUCGAACUCCGCCCGGUCACAUGCCAGCCCCGCGGCCUGCAGCUACCGUCAUGGCGGCUCAGCCUGCCGAGGUCCCCUUCAUGCAGAUCUUGCACUCUUGUGUCCCGCCAGCUUCCAAUUUGCAAUGCACAGUCAUAUGCUGAUGAUUUAUGGGUGCCUGCGCCUCAGAGCCCUGCAUCUGUUCCGUCAAGAUUGCUUGCAGCGGAAAGAGAGGAAGCAAAAGCUGUUUUGUCCCUGUUUUUGAGACAGAAAGGUUUACGAAGCACGCUAGCUGCACGGAUUGUCAACAAAUCAGAUGGCUUCAUUGAGCACCUGGUCUCGAAGCUCCAGAUUGCUUACAGAUCUCGAUAUGCUGAAGGAAGGGAGCUGAGCACACCUGAGAUCAGAGAUGCUCUCAUUCCCUAUCUAGAAGCUCUUUCUAAAGAACAUGGCGAUAGUUUGGUUGAGGUGGUGGAAAAUUUCCCUGAUCCUUUCUCUAUGGAAAGGGAAGCCUUGUCUUCAUCAAUGCCAUUUACACCCACAAGCUCAAAUAAGCAAAAGGCAAUUGCUCGAAUAACCACAGCAACCUCAGGGGGUGCCCUUCCUGAGCUAGUCCGCUACCUACUAGACCUCGGCAUGGAUCAUGAGGAGAUCAAGACCAUCGUGCGCAAGUUCCCAGCAUUUGCAUACUACAGUGUGGAUCGCAAGAUCAAACCCCUGGUGGAGCUACUACUUGAGCUCGGGGUGCCAAAGUCCAGCAUACCAGGAAUCAUAAAGAAAAGGCCUCAGCUGUGUGGCAUCAGCAUGUCAGAUAAUCUUAAACCGAUGAUGGUUUAUUUGGAGAACAUUGGUGUCAACAAAGCUCAGUGGAGCAAGGUGAUUACCCGGUUCCCUGCACUUCUCACGUAUAGUAGGAACAAGGUGGAGACAACCGUGAGCUUCCUUACUGAGCUAGGAGUUUCCAAGAAAAACAUUGGCAAGAUCCUGACACGAUGCCCUCAUCUCAUGAGCUACAGCGUCGAUGACAAUCUCAGGCCAACUGCUGAGUACUUCCGGUCGAUCGGUGCAGAUGCCGCAUCUCUUAUUCAGAAGAGCCCACAGGCCUUCGGUCUGAAUGUCGAGGCAAAGCUGAAGCCGAUCACAGAAUUCUUCCUGGCAAGGGAAUUUAGCAUCGAGGAAAUUGGCAUUAUGGCAAACAGAUUUGGAAUUAUUCACACACUAAGCUUGGAAGAAAACUUACUUCCGAAAUAUGAGUUCUUCCUGACGAUGGAAUACCCAAGGUGCGAGCUUGUGAAAUUUCCACAGUACUUUGGGUACAGCUUGGAUCAGCGGAUAAAACCACGGUAUGCUCGGAUGACUGGCUGUGGGGUGAGGUUGAUUUUGAAUCAGAUGCUUUCAGUCUCAGAUGACAGGUUUGAGAAAAUUUUAGAAAAGAAGAAGACUGGCUUUGAAAAGACAAUAAUUUCAGAUUAGCACAAUGUUGGACUUCAUUUGAGAAGAAUCACUAAAACCAUCAGAUUUUCAGAGCACGUAGCUUCUUAUCUUGGAUUGAUGGAUGUGCAAAAUUCAGAGGCGAACUAUUUGAUGUACUAGUCUGUAGUUAACUUUUGUGAGGCAUUGAAAUGCAACUUUGGCAAGUACCCCAAUCAGAACUUCCAGUCGCAGUGGGCGAGAUUGCUUGGUUCUCAUUUAUGUAGUGUCAUGGUUCAUGACAGUAAUACCCGUUAUGGCUCAUGGCAUUUGUAGCCUGUUUAGUUAACAUAUAAAUUUGUUGAACAUUGGAUAUACUGGCAAUACAUUUGAAGUAUUAAACGUAGACUAAUAAAAAAUAAA